UGCUCUGAACAUGGAAAAAGAUCUUGCCCAGAAAAUGAAAAGUCACUUGGUGUACGAGCCGCCAUGUAUUCAUUUAUGGCAGGAGCCAUUUUCAUCACCGUGUUUGGCAAUCUCGCCAUGAUCAUUUCCAUUUCUUACUUCAAGCAGCUUCAUACACCGACCAACUUUCUCAUCCUCUCCAUGGCAGUCACUGAUUUCCUUCUGGGAUUCACCAUCAUGCCUUAUAGUAUGAUCCGAUCAGUGGAGAACUGCUGGUAUUUUGGGCUUACAUUUUGCAGGAUUCAUUAUAGUUUUGAUCUGAUGCUCAGCAUAACAUCCAUCUUCCAUCUUUGCUCGGUGGCCAUUGACAGAUUUUAUGCGAUCUGUUACCCGUUACGUUAUUCCACUAACAUGACCAUUCCAGCCAUUAAACGGAUGCUCCUCUUCUGCUGGUCAGUCCCUGGAGCUUUUGCAUUUGGGGUGGUCUUCUCAGAGGCCUAUGCAGAUGGAAUAGAAGGCUACAGUAUCUUAGUGGCUUGUUCUAGUUCCUGCCCCGUGAUGUUCAACAAGCUCUGGGGGACCACCUUGUUUAUGGCAGGUUUCUUCACUCCUGGGUCUGUGAUGGUGGGGAUUUAUGGCAAGAUUUUUGCAGUAUCCAGAAAACAUGCCCGUGCAAUCAAUAAUUUGCCAGAAAAUCAAAAUAACCAAAUGAGGAAAGACAAAAAAGCAGCCAAAACCUUAGGAAUUGUGAUGGGGGUUUUCUUAUUAUGUUGGUUUCCCUGUUUCUUCACAAUUUUAUUAGAUCCCUUUUUGAAUUUUUCUACUCCUGUAGUUUUGUUUGAUGCUUUGACAUGGCUUGGCUAUUUUAAUUCCACAUGUAAUCCUUUAAUAUAUGGUUUCUUCUAUCCCUGGUUUCGCAAAGCGCUAAAGUACAUUUUGCUAGGGAAAAUUUUCAGCUCACAUUUCCACAAUACUAAUUUGUUUACUCAAAAAGAAACUGAAUAG